AUGGCGGGUGAUUUCCUGGCCCCAUCUUUGUUGUCUUCGCUCGACAAUGGUGUCGGUGUAGUGGAUGUGAUGAAUACCACUGGCUUCGACUAUGCUGUGUUCGGCAACCACGAGUGUGAUGUGCAUCAAGAUUAUCUCCUGGAUAGAAUCGGCCAAAGUAAAUUCCAAUGGAUCAACUCUAAUAUGCAAUCGUUAAACAUGCAAGGCGCGCCGGCAUUACCCGAGUACAUCAUCCAGACGGUUACCAUGGGAACGGUCACUAAGCGCGUGGGGUUGCUAGGUCUGCUAAGCAACGAUCCUCAUUUGUAUCGGCCCGGAUCAUUCGGUGGAGCCAUUAUCGAACCCGUUAUUUCGACAUAUGAGAAAUUAAGCAAACAGCUGUUGGAUGAGGAACAUGUCGAUCUGAUUGUACCCAUCACACACCAGAGUAUGAAGGACGACCGCAAGAUGGCCAAGACACUCUCCAAUGUGCCGGUGAUUCUGGGAGGUAUGUCCCUCACAAUUAGUUCAUAUUAA